CAAAAAAUCCAUUACUGGAAAUAUUAUUGUCUUUUCGGAUACCAAUAUUUAUACGAUAUUAUAAUAAGUUUAUUUAUUAAGAUUUUAAUACAACAAAUUAGUGAAGUUGCGAUACAAUUAAAAAUUACAAUAGAUAUGUUAAUUACUAAUGUUUCUUAAGAUCGCCUGACUUGAUCAUGCAAUUUUUUUCCUGUUAUAAUGAAAGACCUUCUCGGUAAAACUUUAGUUUACUAACAAACCAUUCUCGAAAGAACACCAUGCGGCAUAUAACCGUAGCUAUUGUUAUUUAUUUAAAUAUAAUAUUAACAAGUGGAAAUGUGACAUCUUCUACAAAAAAUGGUGACCUAACAACAAGUAUACCUUUGGAAAAUCGCGCGCAAAAUGUGUCAAAUAUUAAACCCAGUGAAAAGAAAAAGGAAUCAAUGAAAACGUUCAAUUUGAACGAUAGUCCUGUUUAUCUCGAUGAUGUGCUAUUCAUUUUGAAGAAUCAAAAUUGGACUGAAGAGGAACAGCCUUGCUUACGUACGACGCUGCUGCUCUUACACAAUCUUCAAAAUUUUACUUUAUGGGCUGUCUGGAACUGGGAUGCGAUAUCAUCAGAACCUCAGGGUCUUCUUUUUGGGAGUAGAUUCCAUUUGGGAAAUUUUGACGAGUGUACAAGCGCACCUUGGUACAAAACACAACCAGAACUUCGGACUCAAUACUGCUUAGCUGAUAUCGUUCUGGAGAGAACUGAUAAACUUGUAAAGAAACGAAUAUUUGACCCAUAUGAUCCAUAUCAGUCUGCUUUAAAUCUUCUCGAAUACCGAUCCGUGUUCCGUCGGCCAUUGAACGAGCUAACUUGGGGAGUAUGUGUGCCCGCAGUGUGCCAACCUAAAUCUGUGGAGAGAUUGAUGGGGAUUCUCCUCGCACACAGCCACCUCGGUACAGCAGGGCUGCGACCGCGCAUCUCCGUCACGGAACCAUGUCAGAAAAUUGAUGAACCCCUAGCGUUUGACGCAUUGUUUUAUGCUUUUAUAGGAGUGAUGGGAUCUUUAACAAUUUUGGUACUGGCAUGUACGUUUAUAAAGCAUAAGAAAAAGGAUUUUAAUUAUGAUAAAAUUCAAGACAACAUAAUUAUUGCGUUUGAUAUAAAAACAAAUGCGACGAAUUUGUUAAAAAUAUCUGGGGAUGGCCUUGAAGUAUUAUAUGGUAUUAAGUUUCUCACGAUGUGUGUGAUCGUCUCAGCACACCAAUACGGUAUAUUCAAUGGAGGUCCGGUGAGCAAUGGCUCGAAAAUGGACGAGGACGUCCUAACCAUACUAGGUAUGAUGUUUCUGCACGAAGAUAUCGUAGUAGACUCUUUCUUUUUGCUGUCCGGUUUCCUUGUGGCCACCGUACUUAUAAAAACGAAGAAACUACCCAAUCUAUUAUUUCUUUUUAUAAAGAGAUACGUCAGGUUAGUGGUUGCAUAUGCCGUAGUUGUAUUUUACGUCUGCGCGGUAUUUCCGUAUACUGGUUCCGGUCCCCUGUGGCACAGGGCCAUAGCGGCUGACACGGAGCCAUGCAGGAAGAACUGGUGGCUCAGUCUUCUCAUGCUGAGCAACUAUAUAGAUAGCCAAAACAUAUGCCUCGUCGUCAGCUGGUACAUUCCUUGCGAUUUCCACUUUUUUAUUUUAACGGUGACAUUGUACUGGUUCUACAAGAAAUACCCUUUAGCUGGUAAAAUACUAACGAGCGUUGUCACAAUAGCUGCAAUCCUCGCACCAGGGAUCAUCAACUACAUCUACAAACUACCGGCGAUACAAUUAUUUACUUAUGAUUUCAUAACAAACCCUCGAGGACCAUUGCAGUUCCACAUGACGUAUAUCAAGAGCCACACGCGAUACGCUGCGUAUCUAAUCGGCUUCUUCAGUGGGUACCUGUAUAUCUACUGCGCAGCUUCCGAAAACUUCAAUAAGAUAUCCAAAAAAUGGUCAAUCCUUGGCGCCUGUCUGAGUAUAUUCACUAUGGGUGUAGUGAUGUUUACUGGUCCCAUGUUCCUGUGGCGUAGCUACGACGUUCUUGAAAGUGCUAUAUACGCGGCUCUCAAUCGACCGGUGUGGGCCAGCAGUGUAGCUUUGCUCGUUAUGUGCUUGUCACUCGGACGCGUUCCUCUCAUCAAGGCCUUCCUGAGCUGGUACCCGUGGGUGCCGCUAAGCCGCCUCUCGUAUGGCCUCUACCUAAUUCACACCGUGUUCAUAGCUCGCAAUGUAUAUGUCACUCGAAAUCCACAACAUCACGACUAUAUUAACAUAAUGACAUACUGUCUUGGUAUCAUUUGUGAAGGAUGUCUGGCGGCGUUGCUUAUUUGGCUCAUUGUUGAAGCUCCCAUAAACAACCUUCUUAACAUUAUCUUCAAAUUCAGCAAUAAUAGGGAAAAAGAAACUAAUAUAGAAAGACAUUCAUCUACAAAUGGCGGAAAUGAUAAGACAACAAACUGUGGUUACCUACAGGAAAAUAUCCCUACAUCUGUACAGAUUAUUUCUUCAAAGAUAUAACAUUAUAAAUAUAUUUGAUAUAAACUGUUUAUAUGUAUAACAAUUAAACAGAAAAACUUAUUUCAACGUGUAAUAAAUGCCAUUAGAACCAAAAAUUGUGUCCACAAUUUUAAAACAAUAAAAGUGAUUAAAGUUCACUUGCAAACACGAACAGAUAAACUAUUAUAAAAACUAAAAAAGGCGCAGAUAGUAGUAGCAGUAAAAAUGAGAAAAAUGAUAUUUUUCGAUUGAUAUUGACAUGGGACCGGCUCGACGACUCUCGAGACUCAUUCGACGACAUUCGAAUUAAGAACUGAAAAAGCCGAAAGCUGAUUUUUUAAGAAAAAAAAUAUGUUUAGCCAUUAAUAUUAAAUGCAUAAUAAUAUUUAAAUGUAUUUCAUAGUUUUUUAUUCCUCACCUUUGGGAAGUUAGUCGUGUGACCUCAUGGGUCGCACCUAGACCACUUUUUAAUUAUUUUGUUAUUAGCGUGUAUACGUUAGGGAACGCCUGAACGGUGCCCCGAUAUGGGUCGACGCGCUCACUGUUCACAACCGGGCCCUCCUGUGGAAGCCGCAGAGGGUCAUAGCGGUGAGGGCGAUAAGAGGGUAUCGUACGGUGUCUUGGACAGCGGCGACGCUCCUCGCGGGCGAUCCACCUUGAGAACUCCAGGCAAAGAUGCUCGCAGAGGUGUACCGCUUCCGGGCCGAGGUGAGAGACUGCGACGACCGUUCAGGGUCGGCGGAAGUCGGGCGGAUCAGGGCUCUAGCCCAGCAAGCCCUGAUAGCCUGAUGGGAGGAGGACCUGGGGUCCCCCACUGUGGGCCUAGUGAUAGAGGAGGUGGUACGACCCAGCGACUCAAGUGCGGACAGUUAUCCAAUGUUAUGCAAUGUUUCUCAAGUACGCCUGCAAUAUUGUAUUUAGCUUUUCGUCUUAAUAUGAAAAUUGCUAUUAUAUACUUGAAGUGUUCAUAAGAAUUAUUCACCGUUUUUAUAUUCCAUUUUUUUUUCGAUAUAAUAAAGUGAACUAUACUUAUAAUAAAAAAACGCAC